CAUACAAAGGUAUCAAACACUUGCUAUUAUAUGUAUCGAUCACUCAACAUUUCUCUUUAGCUCCACACAGCUUGCGAGUUGCUAUAGAGACCUCCCCAUCAUGGAAAAACAUAUCAUCCUUGAGAUUGAUGCACAAGACAAUUCCCUUACAUCAUCUUCCACUUCCACCAUCACCACCACCACUUCUUCCUCCUCCUCUUCUUUUUCUACCACCAUUUCAUACACUGAUCGAAUCUCAAAAAAAGAAGAGAAUUCUAUUGCUGAUCCAAAGGGAUCGAGAAAAUCUCAAGAAUUGCAAAGUGGCAAUGAGGGUAAUAAAAAGCGAAAGACUACCAGAAAUGAGAAUAAUGGGAAGCAUCCAACAUACAGAGGAGUAAGAAUGAGAAGCUGGGGCAAAUGGGUGUGUGAGAUCAGAGAGCCAAGGAAGAAGUCAAGAAUAUGGCUUGGAACAUACCCUACAGCCGAAAUGGCUGCUCGAGCCCAUGAUGUAGCCGCGUUAGCCAUUAAAGGCGGCUCAGCCUACCUCAAUUUCCCUGAAUUGGUUGAUGAACUGCCUCGUCCACUCAGCAAGUCUCCAAAGGACAUUCAAGCUGCAGCUGCCAAGGCAGCCGCCGCUUCAUUCCCCGAAACAAGACACUGUGAAGCAGAAGCUGAAGCUGAUCUGAGCCAUGCCGAGCUUAACGUUUCCAAUUUAUCAGAUAAUUUGGCCAUGGACAACACACAAGAGUCAAGCAGUUCUCCUUCAACUGAUGUUGAUGACAAGUUGUUUGACCUUCCUGAUCUCUUCAUCGACGGCGUUAAUCACAGUGAUGGAUUUUGUUAUUAUUCUCCACCAUGGCAAUUAUGUUCUGCUGAUACUGGCUUCCGGCUUGAAGAGCCAUUUUUAUGGGAGUACUAGAAGUUUUUUUUUUUUUUUGGAAACAAGUAAAUAAAUUCGAAAAAUCGAAUACAUUUGUCACCAAACUCAUUGGAGUCUCUAAUGUCAAGAGACUCGAACCCAAAAUCUGUUUGAAGCGACGAUGUAGAGUGAGUUGAGGUACGAGCGAAGGUAAUCUCAGCUUAUCAUCAUCCCAAUAUUUGGGUUUGCGACGGAGGAGCACAGAUUGAAAAGAAAGCUGCUUCCCUGUCUUGCUUGCUUAGAUUAAUUACAUGGCCCUCGACACAAGGGACUUAAACAUGACUGCACUGUAAAAUACGAGAGCACAAAAAAUGUUAUUAUUUGUUCUGUUCUUUUAUAUAAGACAGGGGUUCGUGGUUAUAUUAUUCCAAGUUUUGUCUUA